AUGUUGGAAUCGGAUUCUUCUACCGCUCUCCUAUCCCGCACUGAUUUGAUCAGGAAUCAGUCUAGUUAUUUGCACAACUACAAGACCAACUUUGAGAAUCUCAAGGCACAAGUUGAGAAACUUACCCUUGUCAAACAGCGUGUGCUGCAUAAGAUUGAGGUUGCUAGAAGAAAUGGAGAAGAGAUUGAUAACGACGUUCUAGAGUGGUUGGAUCAUGUCGAUGAGCUCAUCGAAGAGGCAGUUAUGAUUUUUAGAGAUGAACGGAAAGGAAAGAAGAGAUGUUUCGGGGGGUUAUGUCCUAAUUUGGGAACCCGCCAUCAGCUUAGCAAGAAAGCAGCUAACGAAGUUAAGGCUAUGGUUUUACUCCUGUCUCAAGGAGAAAAAUUCCGUGAAAUCUCCUCCCGUACCAUUCCAGAGGACAUUUCCAGCUUGGUUACUUCAAGCCAAAAUCCCUUUAUUUCUUUGCGGAACUACAAGAGAUACUAUGAGAAACUUGCUACUGAAGUUGAGAAGCUGAUGGAUGACAGGGAGCGUGUGCAGCGUUUGAUGGAGGUUUCUAGAAGAAACGGAGAAUCGAUUUAUGAAGAUGUUUCGAAGUGGAUGAUGAGUGUUGGAGAGCUUGUUGAUGAUACAAGAAGCACUUUUGAAGCCUUUGAACAGAAAGAAAAUGGCCGAUGUUUCAUCGGGUUGUAUCCUGAUCUGAAAGCCCGUUACAAUCUCGGCAACAAAGCAGUGAGGCAACUGAAGGCUGUUGCUGAACUCCGGGGAGAAGUGUUCGAUAGAGUUUCUUACACUAUCAUUCCACCCAACGUAUGGCCUACUUCUACCAAAGUGUAUGAGAAUUUUGGAUCAAGAAUGUCCACUUUGCAGGGUCUGUACAGCACAUUACAGGAUCUUAAUAUCAACAUAGUUGGUGUGUAUGGAAUGGGUGGCAUUGGCAAGACUGUGUUGGUGAAGCAAUUAGCAGCUCGAGCCGAGGCAGAGAAGCUCUUUGAUGUAGUGAUUUUUGCAGAGGUCACCCCAUAUCAAGACAUAAGAAAGAUUCAAGGAGACAUCGCUGAUCAUCUAGGUUUGGUGUUCCGUCAGGAGGAUGAAGUGGGAAGAGCAAUUAGGCUAUUUGAUGGAUUGAAGGAAAAGAAAAACGUCCUUGUAAUAUUAGAUAAUAUCUGGACAAGUCUUGAAUUGAGGAGAGUUGGAAUCCCUGUUGGAGAUGAUCACAAGGGAUGUAAAGUGUUGCUAACAUCAAGAGAUCGUGAUGUAUUAAGCCAGAUAGGUUGUCAACAUAAUUUUGCUGUUGGUGUUUUAGAUGAAAGAGAAACUUUUGGUCUAUUUACGAAAAUAGCAGGCGAUUCUGCUAAAGACCAGGAGUUGCAGCCCUUAGCAAUCGACAUAGCCAAGGCAUCUGGAGGCUUGCCUCUUGCCGUUUCUUCAAUUGCAACUGCACUGAGAGGCAAGGACAUAGCUACAUGGCGCUAUGCAUUGCGAAGUUUGGGACGGCCGUUAUUGAAUAACUUCAGUGGGAUACUUGCGGGAGUUUACUCAAGUAUAGAGUUGAGUUAUAAUCUUUUGAAAGGUGAGGAACUCAAGUCAACUUUUUUGCUUUGUAGUCUAAUGAAGUAUUCUGGUGAUACUUCCGUCAUGGGGUUGUUAAAAUAUGGAAUGGGUUUGGGUUUAUUUAAGGAAAUUUCUAGUGUGGAAGAAGCACGAAAUAGAGCAUAUACAUUGAUUCAUGAACUCAAAUGCUGUUGUUUGUUACUAGAUGGUCAUUCCAAUGAAUGGUUUUCUAUUCAUGAUAUUGUUCUUCUUGUUGCCUUAACAAUUGCAUUUAGAGAUCAACAUGCAUUUACACUGAGAAAUGGGGGGCCAUAG